AUGCCUUACACUCCUCAUAGACGACAUGCAGUCGGUACUAUCUCAAACGUCUCUCAAGCCCUCAACCUCCUUGAACACCUCUACCAGCCCAACCUCCUCAUCCUCCUCAGCCGCAUGCUCGCGCAAAUGCAAAUACAAGCCGCGGGGCUCAUACAUCCAAAUCGAUCGCUCAUGAGCCUAUGCCUCAUGUUGACGCUCAUGAACGGUACCGCGGCGCUCCUGCAUCUGCUAGACUAUAUGGCUGGACCAGGGAAGGGCUUGAUGCUGGAUUUUGUUGGGCAGGUCCGGAUAGCAAGUCUUACACGGAUGCUGCUCCUCGAUGUCCUGAUCUACAUCCUGCAAAUACAUUCCUUGACGAUCUCUUACCUCAAUAACAAAGCGACGAACGCUAUACGCCAGGUACCGGCGCUGCCAUAUACGGAUAUGCUCCUUCCGACCUCGGACGUGGUGGAGGAUAUAUCUCCAGAGGAUUUCGAUAUAGAGUCAGGACUGAGACGGAGGAAAGGAAAGGGAAGGACAGUGGAAGAAGAGGAGGACGAAGAGGUGAUUUGGCUAGAUGAUGCGGAUGAAGGGGAGGUAGAUGUCCGUCCGAGCGAACGAGAUCGUCUCCUCUCACAAUCCACCCCAUCCCGUAGACGCGCACGCGAACCACCCCGAAUAGUAUCCCUCUCCCUCCCCCACCUUCUGCACGUCAUCAUGCACCUCCCAGCCCCCACUCCUCCUCGACCCUUCAUCGCAGGAGCAACACCCGCUGCUUCGCCCCCGGUCACUACAUCGGCACUGCCAAAUACUGCCUCGACGGCGGCCGAGACGCUGUAUGACGGGCAGGCGGACGAUGAGGACGAGGAUGAGGACGAAGGCGACUAUGGGGACGACAGUGAGGAGGUGGCGCGGAGGAGUAUACUACGGUCUCAUGAGAGGGAAGAGGAGGGACGACGAAGUGAGGAUGGAUCCGAUGCGGAUAGAGGGGGAAGAGAGCGGAUGCCGGGAGAUUAUUGGGUCAGGGGGAGAGGGAAUGGAGGUUGA